UUUGCCAUAGGAAGCGCCGCGACUGAAGCCCUAAGCCGUCGUGAAGCCACUUAGAAGAGAGUUGGUGCCUGAAGCCUAGAGAUUCAGCUAGUGAUUAUGGAGCUCGGUUAUGUCGGUGGAGUUCAGCUUUCGCUCUUCGCUUUGGUUGUGGCCUUCUUCCAUGUCUCCGAGUACUUGCUCGCGGCAGCCAUCCAUGGUCGAUCAAACGUUUCAUGGAACUCUUUUUUGAUCAGCAAGCAAUAUAUUUUUGCUAUGUUGUUUGCGUUGCUGGAAUACUUCAUAGAGAUUUAUCUUUUUCCAGAGCUGAAGGAUCUGUGGUGGAUCAGCAGUGUUGGUUCGGUGAUGGUGUUAGUGGGAGAGAUUAUACGCAAAACUGGAAUUUUAACUGCUGGUCGUUCUUUCACACACAUCAUCAGGGUUUAUUUUGGGGAGCAUCAUGAGUUGAUUACAUGGGGAAUCUAUAGGUUCAUGCGUCAUCCUGGAUAUUGUGGAUUCUUUAUAUGGGCUGCUGGGACACAGUUAAUUCUUUGCAACCCUAUAUCUACCAUUGGCUUUAUAGCCGUCACAUGGCGAUUCUUUUCAACGAGGAUACCAUAUGAAGAAUUCUUUCUAAGACAGUUCUUUGGCACACAAUACAUGGAAUAUGCUCAACAAGUUCCCUCAGGCCUGCCUUUCAUAAAAUGAAGAGCAGCCUUGGAAAUCAACUUGAAAAUAUUUUUCUCUGCAGUUUCUUCCUCUAAUCGCCUGUUGUCGAAAAGCUGAUGUUACUUAAACAAUAGAAGUUUGCUCUUUUCAAUUCUAUGAAUUGAGGUGGAUGCAUCAUCAAAAGAUGCCAAUGUCUGUAGAUUAACAGCAUCAUUCUUUUUGCCCUCUCAGGUUCCUAUUUUGCCGAGGGAGAAUGACUUCAGCUAAGUUUCAUCAAAUCAUUUUUGAAGUUCCAGUUUAUGUUGCCAAGGAAGAGAGAAGUCUUUCUUAUAGUGGCAAUAUAUUCUCCAAGAGCUGUGUAAAAUUUUUUAUGAUGUUUAGUGUCAAUUUUUGCAUUUCUAAGAGUUGGUAUUUCUGUAUUAUUUGUAACUAUAACAUACUUGUGUAAAUAAAAAUAGCAUUCAAUU